UUUCCCUUUUGUUUUCAGUGUGUACAUAUGGCUGAAGCCAGUUUUCGAGUAUCUGAAGAUCAGUUUCAGUGCUCCAUCUGUCUGAAUGUGUUCACGGAUCCUGUCUCCACAUCAUGUGGACACAACUUCUGCAGAAAGUGUAUCACUGAACACUGGAAUACUACUGACCAGUACCUGUGUCCGCUGUGUAAAAAGGUUUUCGAGAAAAAAACGGAGCUGCACGUCAACACUUUCAUCUCUGAGAUGGUUGCUCAGUUCAGACAGUCAGCUCAACAGAAAGCCAGCAGCAGCAGCUCAGAGCAACAAGGGUCCAAACCAGGAGAAGUUCCCUGUGACGUCUGCACUGGAACCAAACUGAAGGCCCUGAAGUCCUGCCUGGUGUGUCUGGUCUCCUACUGUGAGGCUCACCUGGAGCCUCAUCUGACCACAUCAGGUCUGAAAAAACAUCAGCUGAUCGACCCUGUGGAGAACCUGGAAGGCAGGAUGUGUACGAAGCACGAUAAACCUCUGGAGCUGUUCUGUAAGACCGACCAGACAUGUGUCUGCAUGCUCUGCACUGUUUUAGACCACAAGAUGCAUGAUGUUGUUACUCUGAAAGAAGGAUAUAAAGAAAAGAAGGCUGAGCUGGAGGCUGAAAUUCAGCAGAUGAUCCAGAAGAGACGACUGAAGGUUCAGGAGAUCAAACAGUCAGUGGAGCUCAGUGAGGAAGAUGCAGACAGAGAGAUAGCAGAAGGUGUUCAGGUCUUCACUUCUCUGAAGGAGUCUGUUGAGAGAGGCCUGAAUGAGCUCAUCAACACCAUCAAAGAGAAGCAGAAAACAAGAGAAAAACAGGCCGAAGCUUUCAUCACAGAGCUGGAACAGGAAAUCUCUGAGCUGAUGAAGAGAAGCACUGAGGUGGAGCAGCUCUCACGCUCUGAAGACCACUUCCAUCUUCUCCAGAGGGUCCAGUCUCUAAACACCAACCACCCUCCACCCACCAAGGACUGGACAGACGUCAGCAUCCAUCCAUCAUCAUAUGAGGGGACUAUGGUGAGAGCUGUGGCUCAGCUGGAGGAGACACUCAGUAAAGAGAUGAAGAAGCUGGUUGAGUCUGAGCUGAAGAGGGUCCAGCAGUAUGCAGUGGAUGUGACUCUUGAUCCAGAUACAGCACAUCCUAAUCUCAUCCUGUCCCAUGGUAGAAAACCUGUCCGUGUUGGUGAUGUGUGGAAGAAUCUUCCAGACAACCCAGAGAGAUUUUCUGAUUGUCCUUGUGUUUUAGGAAAACAGAGUUUCUCUUCAGGCAGAUUUUACUUUGAGGUUCAAGUUGAAGGAAAGACUGGAUGGGAUCUAGGAGUGGCCAGAGAGUCCAUCAAAAGGAAGGGACCAAUCACAGCAAGCCCUGAGGAUGGUAACUGGACGAUAUUGUUGAGAAAUACAAAUGAGGACAAAGCUGCUGCUGGCCCUUCAGUCCUUCUCUCUCUGAAGUCUCCUCCUCAGAAGGUGGGGGUGUUUGUGGACUAUGAGGAGGGUCUGGUCUCCUUUUAUGACGUAGAUGCUGCAGCUCUUAUCUACUCCUUUACUGGCUGCUCCUUCACUGGGAAACUCCUCCCAUUCUUCAGUCCUGGUCUGAAUGAUGGUGGUAAAAACUCUGACAAAAUCCAAAGAAAAAGAUUUAAAAAAUUAAUAAAUCCCAUUUUGAGUUACAUCGCUCCCUCUUGUGGUCGUUCUGUGUCCGGGUCCUACUACACCCUUAACAGAACGAACUGGCCAACAUGGACCCCACAGCACAACCACCGGCUACAGGAGAGGAGGGCGCCCAGCGGGCUAUCCACUCCCAAGGCGUUUUGCUUGGGCAACACGACCAACUCAUCCAGAUGGCUGCCGCUCCACCCGCUCCCACAGUGGGGCCGGCUCUGCACCUCAUCGCGAGCCUCCCAUUUGCCCACCGGAGCCUUUCGCCGGAGAACUGGACAGGUGUCGGGGGUUCUUCUCCAAUCGCUUACUCAAGCUCAGGCAGGGAGCAGACAGCGUAGCGGACUACUCCGUUGGAUUUGGACGCUGGCUGCUGAUUCUGGGUGGAACGAGGAGGCACUGCGGGGUGUUUUUAUCAAUGGAUUAACCGAAGUUAUCAAGGAUGAACUAGCUGUGCGGGAUGAGCCCGACUCCCUUGAUAAACUUGUUUCUUUGGCCAUCAAACUGGACAACAGACUGCGGGAGAGGAGACGCGAGAGAGGCGGUCCGCCUCGCUUCACCAGGAGGACGACAGCCCCUGACAGGCUUCGGAGACCGUCUUCCCCGUCGCUUCCUGCUUCAUCGCCGGACUACGCUUUUGGAGAGCCAGCGGAGGAAACGAUGGAGCUUGGUCGGGCCCGACUGUCUCCUGCAGAGCGACGCCACCGCAUACAGGCAGGUGCGUGCCUGUAUUGCGGGGAUCCCUCUCAUCAUGUGGUUGCUUGUCCGUCCCGGCCAAAAGACAAGGCUCGUCAGCGGAACCUGUCUCGGCCUGAGCGGGAGGCUAUGGAGAGGUACAUCGGGGAAUCUCUGUCAGCCGGAAUUAUCCGUCCGUCAUCAUCCCCAGUAGGAGCUGGAUUUUUCUUUGUUGAGAAGAAAGAUAAAACCCUGCGCCCAUGUUUGCAGCGCCUGUUGGAGAACAAGCUUUAUGUCAAAGCUGAGAAGUGCUCAUUCCACCAGGAAUCAGUCCCAUUCUGGGAUUUAUCGUCGAGGGUGGACAAGUGGCGGCAGACCCGGAGAAAACCAAGGCAGUCACCAGCUGGCCUACGCCCACGUCACCACCCAGACUCUGCCCUCCAGUUUGUGGUGGAGGUGGACGCUUCUUCCUCUGGAGUAGGGGCGGUGCUGUCCCAACGCUCCACUUCGGACCAGAAGCUUCACCCCUGCGCCUUCAUGUCCAAAAAACUGUCACCGGCUGAGCAGAACUACGACGUGGGAAAUCGGGAGUUGCUGGCAGUCAAGCUAGCAUUGGACGAAUGGCGGCACUGGCUAGAGGGAGCUGAACAACCGUUCGUGGAAUGUCAAACUGACGCUCUGUCACGGGUGUUCGACUGCGCCGAGGAUUCGUCGGCGCCUGAGUCAGUACUCCCAUCCUCCUGUGUGGUGGCCGCAGUCAGUUGGGAGAUCGAGUCGCUGGUCAAAGCUGCUCUUGCCACGGAUCCUGGUCCUGGAGACGGCCCCCUGACAGACUCUUCGUUCCACAACCUGUGCGAGCUCAGGUACUUCACGGAGGCGGAUGUCCGUUCCUACGUCGCAGCCUGUUCAGUUUGCGCCGGGGUAAGGCCUCCACCGUCAGCCUGCUGGACUGCUGCAACCCCUCUUGGUCCCAAGCGCCCGUGGUCUCACGUGGCAUUGGACUUCGUCACAGGCCUGCCUCUGUCUGAAGGUGCCACCGUUAGCCUUUCCUCCGGGUUCCACCCGCAGUCCAACGGUCAGACAGAGAGGGCUAACCAGGACUUGGAAGCCUCGCUUCGCUGUGUGGCCGCUCAGGACCCGACCACCUGGGCGUCUCACCUGCCAUGGGUGGAGCACGCCCACAAUUCACUCACCACCUCUGCCACUGGGCUCUCCCCUUCGAGGUGGCCCUGGGCUAUCAACCGCCUUUGUUCCCGGCCAAGAGAAGGACUUGGCGGUACCCUCGGUGCAGGAGCACCUACGUCGUUGCCGCCGGGUGUGGACGAGGCGCGUGAGGCUCUUCUGCGUACGACGGAGCGGACUAAGGAGGUGGCUGAUAGGCACAGGGCUCCGGCUCCCCAGUACCAACCAGGCCAGCAGGUCUGGUUGUCGUCCCAGAACAUCCCUCUUCGGACUGAGUCGCGGAAGCUCUCUCCUCGGUUCCUGGGUCCUUUUGCCAUUGACGCCGUCAUUAGCCCCACUGCCGUGAGACUUAAGCUGCCUGCGGCUAUGAGGGUUCACCCGACGUUCCAUGUGUCCCAGGUUAAGCCGAUCUUUAACCGGGAGAACAACGAUCUGCUACGAGUUCACGGGUGGCAACGCUUCACAAACAGGAACUUAUGUAAGUACACUUUCAUCCGUGAGAUGGCUGCUCAGUUCAGACAGUCAGCUCAACAGAAAGCCAGCAGCAGCAGCUCAGAGCAACAAGUGUCCAAACCAGGAGAAGUUCCCUGUGACGUCUGCACUGGAACCAAACUGAAGGCAGAGCUGGGGAAGACGGAGGCUGAAAUCCAGCAGAUGAUCAAAGAGAGAAAAAAAAGGAUUCGAAGUAUUAAACGAAGAACCAACUACAGCAGGAAAAAUGCAGAAGUAGAGAUAAGGGAUGGUUUUGAGGCCUUCACAGCUCUGAUUGAGAUAGUUGAGAAAACCAUGAACAACCUCAUAGAUACAAUUCAAGAGAGGCAGAACGCAAUAGAAGAACAGGCCAAAGCUUUCAUCACAGAGCUGGAACAGGAAAUCUCUGAGUUGAUGAAGAGAAGCACUGAGGUGGAGCAGCUCUCACGCUCUGAAGACCACCUCCAUUUUCUCCAAGGCAUCCAGUCCAUGAAAGCUGUUCCACCCACCAAGGACUGGACAGUAGUCAAAGUCUGUCCACAAUCCUAUAUGGGGACUGUGGUGAGGGCUUUGGCUCAGCUGGAGGAGGAACAGAGUGAAGCAGUUAAGAUACUUUUUAAUUUGGAACUACAGGGGGUCCAGCAGUAUGCAGUGAAUGUGAGUCUUGAUCCUGAAACAGCACAUCCCCAACUCAUCCUGUCUCAGGAUGGGAAACAAGUGUAUCAUGGUGGUGAUGUGAAGAAAACUCUUCCUGACAAGCCAGAGAGAUUUUCUAAUUGUCUUUGUGUUUUUGGAAAGCAGAGUUUCUCAGAGCAGUCUACCUCUUUAGGCAGAUUUUAUUUUGAGGUUGAAGUUAAAGAAAAGACUAAAUGGACUUUAGGAGUAGCAAGUGAGUCGAUCAACAGGAAAGAGAACAUCAAACUGAGCCCUGAGGAUGGUUACUGGACUGUAAGACUGAGAAAUGAAAAUAAGUACCAAGCAAACGCUGCCCGUACAGUCCUUCUGUCUCUGAAGUCUCGGCCUCAGAAGGUGGGGGUGUUUGUGGAUUGUCUGGAAGGUCUGGUAUGUUUUUAUGACGUAGAUGCUCCAGCUCUUAUCUACUCCUUUACUGGCUGCUCCUUCACUGAGAAAGUCUACCCGUACCUCUGUCCCUGUCCUAAUGAUGGUGGUAAAAACUCUGCCCCUCUGAUCCUCUCUCCUGUCAAUUGCAUUUAGACCGAGCAGAACAUUAUUCAAAAAGAAAAGGCA